AUGAUUGAUAUAACAGGCCUUGUGGUUCUACUGCUCUUCUAUGCAGUCAUCCUGGGUGGCAUAGUGGCAGGCAGGAGGGUGAAGCUAGGAAAUGGCCAGCAAAUUGAGCUGUCUAUGGUAGCAGGCAGGAAGCUGGGAAAAGUGGUGGGAAUUUUUACUAUGACAGCUACAGUUGUUGGUGGAGGUUUUCUCAAUGGCACAGCCGAAUCUGUGGGCACAUCAGGCCUGAUCUGGACUCUGACCCCUUACUGUAUAUGGCUGGGACUUAUCAUAGGUGGGUUGGUCUACGCUGGCAGGAUGCGUGACAUGUGUUAUGUGACAAUGUUGGACCCUUUUCAGCAGCAGUAUGGAAAUGUGGUCACAUUCUUCAUCUACCUGGCUUCCCUCUGUGGGGAUGUUUUCUGGAUGGCUUCUAUUCUCUCAGCUCUCGGCACAAGUGUAAGUGUGAUUGUGGACUUGGAUAUCAGCAUAGCAGUUGUAAGUUCAGCUGCGGUCACUGUCAUCUACACUCUGGUUGGGCAGAUGAUAUCUGUGGCGUAUACUGAUAUUGUGGAAUUGGUGUUCAUCGCACUUGGUCUGGUGACCAGCCUGCCUUUCAUUCUGACCAAUGAAAAUUCAGGAGAUAUUCAGAAAACUUCCAGUAUUUGGCUAGGCACUCUUCCAGAGGAAACAGCUUCUGUGUGGGCAGAUCUGUUCAUAGCAAUGACACUGGGCACCAUCCCAUGGCAGUCGUAUUUCCAGCGGGUUCUCUCCGUGAAAACAUCCAGGGAUGCACGGAUAUUCUCCAUUAUCGCAGCCUUUGCCAGCCUACUCUUGGCAGUGCCAGCUGUUCUCAUUGGGGCUGUGGGCGUCUCUGCAAACUGGAAUGCCACAAGCUUAGGAGCAUCUCCCCUAGACAUUGACCAAGCCAGCAUUUUGUUGCCCCAUGUUAUACACGAGUUCUCUCCCCCUGCUGUGGCCUUGUUAGGGUUGGCUGCUAUUUGUGCGGCUGUGAUGUCGUCCAUGGACAGUUCAGUACUAGGUUCCAGCUCAAUGUUUACACACAACAUCUUCAAGAACAUUUUUUACCCCAAAGCAGGAGACAGACUACUGUUGUGGGUGCAUCGUUUCUCUGUGGUGAUCAUUGGGGCCAUUUCCACUGUCAUCUCUUUAGUCAGUAUGCAAACCAUCUUUGGAAUGUUUGUUAUGGCGGCUGAUAUUGUGUUUGUGAAUGUUCUACCUCAACUCACUUGCGCACUUUUCGUGAAAGCAUCCAAUGCCUACGGGGCCUUAACCGGAUACCUGCUGGGGCUCGUUCUGCGAAUAGGAGCAGGAGAAUAUUAUUUGUCCCUCCCAGCUUUUAUAAAAUAUCCAUUUUAUAAUGAAGAGAUGGGGGAACAGUUAUUUCCAUUCCGAACAUUUUUGUUUCUCUUGUCUAUGUUCACCAUUGUGAUGGUAUCCUUGCUAACGAACUGGUUAUUUGCCCGUCUACCAGGUCAGUUAGACAUCUUAGGUGUUAUGGACAGGAGAGCAUUGACUGAUAACAACACACCUGUUGUUUUGUCCAAGUUCAAACAUAAAGAAAUUGAUCUGCAGAUGUAAACGUUGUUAUGUUUUGAUGAUAUAAAUAUAUAAUCAGAUUGUUUGUGCUAUUUUUGAUUUAAGUUUUACAUCAGUGUCUGUUAAUUCAGUGAAUAUAUCCGAGACGGGAAAUGAUUGACCGUAGAUCAAAAGUUUCUGAAUAAAAUGGCAUAUCCUUAUAACAGCUAUGACUAUUCACCAUGGACAGGUGUACACAAUUCCUGCUAACAUUGUUUGUCUUCUCAUUGCCUUGUCAUUGUGAUCAUGUUGGUUGUGUGUGCAUGUGUUUUUGUCCGCCAUGCGCAGUAAGUGCUACAGAUAUUGUCUAAUUUCAAUAACGUUUGCCUUCAUGUUUAUUUUCUGUGACCUCAGAUCAAGAUUGAGAAAAAAGGGUCAGUCAGUGGAUAAGUUUUAUAAAUUUCAUAAUAUCCUUCAUUCUGAUUGGUUGUUGCAACCAGGCAUUAAGUGCUGCAAAUAUUGUCCAAUUUUUAUAAAAUUUUGUGUGCAGAUUCAUUUUGUUGCACCUCAAAUGGAGUUCAAAUGGCCAGCUCCAUGCGAAAUGUCCACAUAUUUAUCUUAGAAAAUAAAUUUUCACAUUUCCAUGUUUUACAUGUAUAUGUAUUUUGCCUUUUUGUAUGUUUUGGGGCAUGUUGUUUUACAGUUUAUGAUGAAAGCUCUAUUCAGGCAUUCUUCUGUGAACUUUGUUAAUUAACGAUUUCUUAAUUAACGAUUAGAUUAGUCUGCUGGGAGAACUCACUUUAGACAGCAGCUGUCUGUUAAGUUGGAAUGUGGGCGUGUUCAGUUGGAAGAUUAAGUUUUACACAAAUAUAAUAUAUUUA